UAUGGCUAUUGACCGAACCUGGCAGACCGGCCGGUCAGCUGUGAGCUGAGCCGAGUGACUCUGCCGCAUAACUUGCCAGCACUAAGGAGUCUUGGACUCGUCGAAGAAAAGGCGAACAACUCGUAAAGUCCGGCUAGAUCUGGAUAAACAUUGUGUUCGUGGAGACGUUCGCGAGAAUCGUCGUCGUCGUGUCGUCGUCUCUCGAAAGCCUCUUGGAAUCCUUGACGAAACCCCCAAAAGAGUUUGCCGAAAAGAGAGAAGAGAACGAGCGAGCGAGUGAUUAUCGAGUGAGUGAGCGAGUGAGCCAAUGAACUGGCACGAGAGACAAAGAGACAGGCUGCCAGUGAGUAAGGAAGAGCGAGUAAAAGCGAGUUAAGCCAGAAGAGAAUUGAAGGAGCGGUUACCGGGUGUCAUUGUGUCGCCGCUUCCCAAAUAUCCAGUGCUUCGAAUUGCCGGCCUUCGAAGACCGAAUCCGUUUCUCUACUGUUCUACUGCUCGAGUACUCAAAUACUUGGCGAGUGGGCCAGUUGUAUAAAGCACAGCUAAUCGCCGGCUGAGCCCCUCGGGGAUCGUUCCACUGGCUUCUCGGAUCCUCCUCGUCGUGAGAGGAGCCACUCUCGUUCGCUUGCAGCGCGCGACACCGUGAACGAACGGAGAUACGAAAAAUCGAGGAAAAACAGCACGGUAGCAACGGGGAAACCGCACACGCGGCAGUGAAAGCCAAGGCGGUUUAGUACGAAGGCAGUGAGCCAGUCAGCCAGGCAGCAACUUGGGCAAACGUAGAAACUGCCGCUCUCAGAAACGCCACUCUCGUGUCCUCUCGCGAGAUAUCGAUAGACCAAGAAGAGGAGAACGAAAGAGCUGAUUCGACUUACUGACUAGAGGCAGCCGGCCAACCAGUCAGCCAAGCAGCUAAGCAAGUCAGCCAACCAAUUAGCCGGGAAACAGAAGUGUGUACAGAGUGCUGUACAGGUGUGGUGUGCUGUUCGUGUGUCGUCCGGCGAAAAGCGCAAGCUAUCAGUGGACUUUUUAAUCGCAAAGUGUAAGUGCAUGUGCCUGAGAGGCCGUGAAGAAGGAGGAGCUGCUUGAACUAGGUGGAGAAGGUGCUGAAGGAGGAAAAGAAAGAUGAGCUGUUGGUGGAGGAAGAACACGCGAACGCAUGUUCUAAUUAUAAUGUGAAGAAAUCAGCCUAUUCGAUUGUCCGUCUACGCGGAACUCUCCUCGAGUCUGUUCGCCGCGUUUUUUCGUGGCCGUCCUCGAAACUCGCCCUGACGAUCGAUUGAUCGAUCAGCCGGCCGUUACGAUUCUUGAUCGAGUCGUCUGUGAUCUUCCCAUAGAAUUCCGAAAAAUUGGAUUUUUAUAUUCUUCAUUCUCAAUGUAUUUUCUAUACUGAGCGAAGACCAGCACUUGCUUUUUCCUUCGUAAGGACAAGAGAUUCUAGCAGUGAUUGUGUGUGUGUGUGUGUGUGUGUGUGUGUGUGUGUGUGUGUGUGCGCGCAGAGGUCUCACCGAAGAAGAUCGAUUUCUUCGUUUCCUGCGAAGACGGCCUGAGAGUUCUUUGAAUUUUAUAGAAAAUUUACUUCGCCGGCAUACGUGCACGCUGCUCUCUCAUUCUCUCUCUUUUUUUCUCUUUCUAUGAAUUGAUCACAAUGUAACGCAGAUGGAAAGAGAUAGUUUCGUCCUUUUCAUUAAGAAAUGUGCGCCGAGCAGCAAGAGUGGCAGGAGCACCAGGAGUAGCUGAAUCCAAAGGCGGGAUCGGGAAAGCGACUGGACGUUGGAGUCAGAGAGCAAGCGACGUGGGGUGGAGACUGAGAGAGGAAAGGAAGAAGGAGAGUCUGAGAGGCCGAGAGUGUGAGAGAGUGUGAGAGAAUAAGAGAAUAAGAGAAUGUGAGGGAGGGCAGGCGCGGCGCGUGUUGCCGGUCGAUCGUGGAGUCGAAGGAACGUUACUGGGACGACCUUGAGAAACUCUGGGAGAUCUAGGAGGCUCAUCGAAGUCUUCUUGAGCACCCUGAGUUAAUUUAACCUGGACACCGAGGAAAAAGGAACGGAAGACGAGGCAAAGAAAGAAGAAGAAGAAGUUAAAGAAGAGAAGUGUUGGCAAUUGUAGAAGAAGAAAAAGUGACAUAUAAAAAGUAAAAACGUUGAAGAAGAUAAGCUGUAAGGCUCUUCGUGAAGUUUUCGUGUGAUUUCGUGAGACGCGUAAAUCUCUCGCGGCAUUCCGAAAAGCUCGAAUUAUUUCGGGCGAAACCUGUUGUGAUACGAAGACGAGGUGGAAGGUGCAGGAGGAGGUGUGCUGAAUAAAGAGAAGGAGAAGAAAGAGGACAGAAAGGAGUUUUGCGGUGUGUCUUGCGGUGAAGGUUUGCGAUGAUGAUCACGGCGGUUGUGGUGCCGAUGCCGGUGCUAGCAGCUUCGUCUUCUCGUUGCUAGGAGCAAAAGGUGGUAGAACAGCUGCUGGUUGUGCCGGUGGUUCUAAGUCUGGCAAUGCUCCUAGUGUAUGGUGAGGAGACGCGUCGAACCGUGCUUUGCGUCCUGAGACUCUGUCAAAGAUCUUCACGAAUUGGCACGCUGACUCAAAACCGGUUCCGUUUUACUCUGCCGAUUCCGCGUCCGUAAAGGUCGUGUGCCGAGCGAAGAAUGAAAUUUAUGGAAAGCGAAUUUACACGAGGACCGUCGUAGGUGGUAGAAAGGAGGGUCAAGAGGAUCAAGUUGAUCAAGCUGAAGAGUCUCGUAGUCGUGAUAGUCUUAACCGCCAAUGUCAUCGAAGCUCUCUAAAUGUUGCCGAUCGCCACGCUCGCAAGUCCAUCCUGGGUCAUACCGAAGACAUCCUUGAAGAUGCAGCUAGUUUUUUUUGGGCGCAGCUUAUUCGAACUGUGAUCAUUAGAGUUUAACGUUCAAACGAGGAGGAGGAAGAGGAUAGUCAGAUGAUAGUGGGAAGGCUUAAUAAGAGUAAUAAAAAUAGUGAGUGAGUGAGUGAGAGGGAGGGAGGAGUCCUAAUUUUGAUAAUCUGUUUGCGAUAAAGUUAUUAUUAGGCGGAAGAGGAAGAUAGUGUCGCCGAGGAAGAGAGCCUUAGGUGGUCACACUGAUUUCGGUGGAUUACCGUGAAAGAAGAUCAGGAAGUCUAGGGGGGGAAGCUUCGGUUAAGUUGUGAGAGAGGCGACAGUUCCAGCAGGUAGACUGAAGAAGAGCGAAUGUACGAAAUGGAGGAGGAGAGCAAAGGAAAGUGGAGGAGCGGCAGUUGUAGCAGAAACAGUCUGAGAGUGGACCAAGAGUCGUUAGCCGACAGUCCGUGGACGGAACGGCGCAAAACUUAAUUAAGCGUUUAAUGAGCCUGAGGAAAGUGCGAGGCGAACGAGGAGGAAGCGGAAGAAGAAGAAGCAGAAGAAGAGGUAAACGAGGAAGAAGACGUGGGCGCAGAAGAAGAGGAAGUAGUGAUGAAGCGCGUGGUAAACGCGUCGGCUGCCCAGGUGCAGUCAGUGGCCCAGAAGAUACAGCAGAAUCUCCAUAAUCCAAUAAGUCCCGAGGAGGAGUCCUCGGCUCUGCCGUUUGGCCCCAUCAACGGCAAGUCCUCCUCGGCGAGCCUGAAGCAGCACCAGAGCGCCACGACGAAGAAUGACUCGAAAAUCUCGCCAGCUAUGUCUCGACUGUUGGCCGUAGACUCGGACAAUUACAUGCUGCGAAAGGGUAUAGGAAGCUCGGGCAACGGGACCGCGUUGGACCGCACUCCUGGCGCUGCUGGUACUACAAACAUUAGUAACAUUACCGAUAUUACGUCUGCGAUUGCUGCUACCGCUGCAACGACUUCGACGAUCGGCGGAUCCGCCGCGACAAUCACGCCGGCCAUUGCGAGCAACGUCAUUCAGCAUCAGCAGCAACAGGACGCCGCGAGGCAGCGAACCUUUGGUAUCUCGAAUGGCUCCAAGAGUUCACUCUCGAUAGCAUCUUCGCGAGUCCUCACCGUCCAGGAAUCGACGCUGACGGAUGGGACUUUUAGUGAUUCGUCGAAGCAUCAAGAGUUGCAACUAGCGGCCUUAGGAUGCGAGCCCAGAGGAGACUCUGCUGUAGCCUCCUCCGGCAGAGGGAGCACCACCAAGAGCGAUCCCUUGUCCCAUGUCAAUCACCCGAAUCACUCGAAUCACCCAACCCAGUCGGGUUGGCCAAAGAGUGCAGGACAAUCGGCGGCGGCGGCGGCGGCGGCGGCGGCGGCGGCUGCUGCUGCUGUCGCUGGUGGCGGUGUUGGCGGUGUUGGCGGUGUUGGUGCUGUCAGUGUUAGUGGUGGAAUGACCCAAGGACGAUAUUUUUCCGGUCAACAACAGUCGCAGUGUCAAUUUUCCAGUAACCCGAGUACCCCAGGGACAAACCCGCCGUCCCCAAACCCAGUCGACGUCGUCGGCCUCGCGGGUCUCGUAGGCAGCGGCCUUUUGACUGCGUUAACGAAUACCGGAAAGCAGGUGCCUUCCUCGAAGCAGGUCCUGGACGCGAUCCUCCGGCGCAUCCUCAGUGGGCAGAACAUAGCGGCUGAUUCGCAAGCCUGGCAGUUGGCCGGUCUCCAGCUGCAGGUGCCGACUCGUACUGAGUGGGAACGCGAAUCGUCAGGAGCUCUUCUUCCUAAUGGAUGCGCCGAAGGCACCGCUUACGGGGAAGCGCGUAAUGUCAUCGGCUGCGACGAAGACGCCAUAGUUACGUGUGCCAGGCCCCUGUCCUUCCAUCAUUUCAUGUGCUGGUGCGGCAGUUCUCAAGUGCAGUCCAAAAGUCCGGAUUCUAACCUUAAAUCAUCGGACGAGAACUCUGUCGAUUCUAACGUUACGACGGACGUUGACUUGGCUAGAGCUCGUAACAAUGGCACUAGCAACAAUCACAGUACUAACAAAAUAAACAUCAACAACAACAACAACAACAACAACAACAAUAAUAAUAAUAAUUGUAGUGAAAACAAUAACAAAAAUAACGGGGCACAAAUUAGUAGUGGCAAGCCAGUAAUCGAUAGGGUAGCUAAUCAUGUUAAUUCAUAUGGGAGUUUAUGUUGCUGUAUGUGCGGAUCUCUCUGUCCCUCAGAGUGCCACGCGUGCUUCCACGUCGUCUGCUCGGAGUAUAACGGGCAGCAUCCAUGCCAAUGGAGCACCAAGGGUCAUGCUCUGCCGGGGCAGGUCUUCGACAAGGACAAGCCCGUGAGUGAAUGGACAUCUUUGAACGUCGUUGAAUGGAUGUCAGCCCUAAAUCUUUACCGCUAUGCGGACGUCUUCAAGUCCAAAAACAUCAAGGGCAGCGAUCUCAUGCAUUUGGAUCGGGAGAAGCUGAUGAACAUGGGAAUAAAGGAUGAGUUUCAUCAGAAGAAUAUUUUGGUGUGCAUCGAGGAGCUCUGCCAGCCGUCGCAGCAGUCGCUCUCGGGCUUAUCUCUGGCUGCCGUCAACGACAGCGUCGCCGCUGGUGUCAGCUCGACUUCCGUGACGCCGACGCCGACGCCGACGCCGACGUCGUCCUCGUCGACUCCAGCCACGAGCAACGCGCACAAUCUGGUGCCUCACAGCUUCAGCGUCUUGGAGAAGUGUGACAAGUGCCAUAAAUAUCUGAGGGGUCUUCUGCAUCAAGGCUUCCUCUGUCAAGGUUGCGGCCUGGUCGCCCACAGGACGUGUUCGGCGACGGGUUUGCCCGACUGCCAGCCCCCCGAGCCUGAGGUCGUCCUGGUCAACCGAUUCACAUCAGUUUUCGGGCUAGCUCUCUGCUCGCAAUUCGACGCUUCGUUCCGAUCUGCGCCGCUUCUCGUCGAACGGUGCACCCGUGCACUCGAGGAGAGGGCUUACGCCGACUCGAGCCUCAAUCUCUACAAGGUUUACCACAACAGUCCAUCGAACGAGCAGACCUUAGAGCUCCGGCGGAGCCUCAACGAAGAUGUCAACAACGCUGAACUGGCUCAGUACUCACCGCAGUGCAUCGCGAGCGUUCUCAAGAAGUUCCUGCGAGAGCUACCGGAUCCCGUGAUUCCGGUCCAGUGGUACGACAGGUUCUUGGAAGCAUCCAGACUUCGGAACGACGAGCAAUGCGCUGCCCAUCUCAACCAACUGGUUAACGAGCUCCCGGGACAUCAUAGGAGCACCCUGCGUCAUCUGAUGUCACACUUUUGUCGGAUAUGUCAAUUUCAGCACGCAAGAGGUUACAGAGAACCUCCGACUAUUCUCAUACAGGUUCUCUGUCAUAUAUUUCUUAGGCCGCCAUGGGAGCGUAUCAUACAAGUCGUUUACAACACGGAGGCGCACAUUCGCAUAAUGGAAUUACUUUUGCUACACGGCGAUUGGAACGAGAGACUGCCGGAAUUUGCGAGUGCUCCUCAACUUCCGCCUCGUAAGGUCUCUAGGCCUUUAUUUCCGGUUCUCGAGCAUUUUCCUACACUCGAGGAAGAUAUGGCUGCUAGUGAACGAUCAUCCGGCGCUGACAAAGAACAACCACACAGACCACGUACUUUGCAAGAGGCCGAGUGGUACUGGGGUGACAUCACCAGGGAUGAGGUCAAUGAAAAAAUGAUCGAAUCCCCCGAUGGAACUUUCCUUGUGCGCAAUGCCUCCUCCAAGGGUGGCGAAUAUACGCUGACGUUGCGCAAGGGUGGUACCAAUAAAUUGAUUAAGAUUUGUCACCGGAAUGGAAAAUAUGGCUUCUCAGAGCCUUAUAAUUUCCAUUCGGUGAUUGAGCUGGUCGAUCAUUAUAGGAAUUGCUCGCUCGCCCAGUACAACUCCACCUUGGAUAUCAAGCUUCUUUAUCCCGUAUCGAGAUUUCAGCAGGAUGACGAGAUUCCCAGUACGGCUAACCCAAGGGUCAUCAUCGAAAAAUAUAUCGAGAUCGACAAGGAGGUGAUGGAUACAUUGAGGCAGUAUCAGGAUUGUUCUGAACUCUACGGUAAAACGGCUUACGAGGUGCAACUGAAGCUUCAAGCUCUAGAAGCCUUCAGCGAGGCUAUCAAGAUGUUCGAAGAUCAAACAAAGCUUCAGGACAAAUUUCACAAGGAGGGACAGCCCCAUGAGAUAUCCGCGCUGACGGACAACUCGGUCCUCCUAAGGAGAAGGAUGAAGUCUCUGGACGAUAGCAAGGAACACCUGGAGAACACUCUGAAACAGCAAAUUGCCUACAACAGAACACUCGAGCGAGAAAUGCACAAGCUCAAGCCGGAUAUAAUCCAGCUUCGUCGUCAGAGGGAGAGGCACGGCGUGUGGUUGAAGAAGCGCGGCGUGACGCGGCAAAAGAUCAAUCAGUACAUGUUAAAGCACUCGGCGACCAAUGCCGCGCUGGAUGAAAUGGCAUACGGGGAUCUGCAGGACUUCGAUCUGGAGAUUCACGCGGACGAAAAAACGUGGCUUUAUCUAGAAGGAUCACGUCCCGACGCUGACAGAUUACUAGCUGGACGCCCGGAUGGCACUUUCCUCGUGCGUCGAUCGAGCAGCGGCCAAUACGCUCUUUCAAUCAUGUGCAACGGCACGGUAAAUCAUUGCAUAAUAUAUGCCACCGAGCGCGGUUACGGAUUCGCUGAGCCAUUCAACAUCCAUGAAACACUUAAGCACUUGGUGCUGCAUUAUGCUCAGAAUUCCCUGGAGGAACAUAAUGAGAGCCUCAACACGACUCUGGCUUAUCCUGCAUUCGCGCCAGCCACUGCUCUGGUGCAGUUGCAGGCGCAGCACAUGCAGACGCAAACGCAAAUGCUACAGGCCCAGAAUCAGAAUCAAAUCCCGCUGCCGAUUCCUAUGGCGCGGCCGUCAUAAAAUCAACACUUUGGACAUCAGGCGUAAUCAAUUCGUUUAGAAAACUUGGACUCGACAAAUAUAAUCAUUCUCGGCGCCGUUUUCAUCAUCUCCUCCGUUCUACGAUAGAAUCAGCAUAAGAUCUCAGGGCGCGAGAAGCUCAGAAGUCUCUUUGAUGCUUGAGACAUAAUCCUUUUCAGAGGUAGAUGAACCAAAUAUCCGUCAUUUUCUACUGAGCAUCAUUGUCACCCUUGGCUACCAUGGCUACUUUGUCUACAAAAACGCAAAUCCCGGUACGUUUACGUUGCGAGUCCAGAUAGUGUAUCCGUAUCGACUAACUACCGUUAAGUACAAAUCUAUAGAGCUCCUGGGGAUCAUUACUGAAAAGUUAUACUACUCUUAUAGCUUGAGGAAUCAAAAUGUCGUUUUCGAGAAGCGGUUGUGCAUAUGUAGAAUCGUGCGGUAACCACUUGUAGGAUUGAAGGUAACGUCGACCGUUGGUACACUCAAGAAACAGCAACAAGAAAGUCAAUGGACAAGAAAGAAGCAAAGGCACACACUGUGACACUGUGACACUGUGACACUGUGACACUGUGACGCACACACUCAUUUUCAAAUGCCAAUGUGCUUCCUGGCAAUUGAGGCUGCACUGCACACGGUUUGUGUUUGUCAGGUUAUCUUGCCAGGUUACGAUUAGCGGUCCCGCCGGCGUCGUCCCAACGCUUCCUGAACUGAAUUCUGGUGUAUCGCACGAUCAACGCUUACUCUCUCGCAGGCCUUUCUUCUCUUUUCCUCCUAGACGUUUCGCUUCAGGGCGAGUCUCGCGGCAAACAACGAAUUUUCAAUGGAGGAUUGCGAGGAGCGUUUUUUAUACGUAGGAUUAAGUGCUGUACCAGCCAGGGUGAGUGACGCGGGACGCGAGGCGUAGUGAGCGCGUACUUUUUUUUUUAAAUAUAGAAUUAUCUGUGAUUUCGAGUUGACAGUAAACACAGGGCCUCCGGGCAGCGGUCCUUUCGCGUAUAUUUGCAUCGCCGUUUUUUCUCCGAUUUCUAAGUGCGGCCGCAAAAAUCCCGAGUAUCGAAAGAGGGGGUGCUGAGCCUUUGACGCUUCGAGCAGAAGAAAGAAAUAUAUUUUAGCGAGGGCGAAAGCGCCAGAGAGACUGAGAAAGGGAGAGCCGAUUAAAUUCUAAAACUCUUUAUAAUCAAAGGAUCGAUAAUCGGUAUAGUAAUAGACACGUAUACAUAGUACAUCCACCGAGAGAGAAUUACAAGUGUGUAAAAGUGUAUGCAUCCACAUAAAACUCUUAUACAUAUUCAGGGACACACCACGAUACUUGUUGCGUAAUCGAUCGUCUGAACGUUCAACGGCGAUUGGACGUUGCUCGUGCUAAUCAGGUGCGGCACAGAUCAAGGGGGCGUAACGAUUGUAUGCAGACGCCAUUACGAGGCGCCCCACCCCAGACAAUCGACUUAAGAUUUGAAACGAUUGGCAGAACGGAAGAUCGAACGGAAGAUCGAACGGAAGAUCGAACGGAGGCCCGAAGGAUUGCCGCUUGAUAGAUCUCAUUAAAUAUUCGCGACUUACAAUUAGUUGCGUCGUUAGGAGGAUCGUCUCGGUUUCGUGUGUCGGGAAAUCUUAGGUUUACAGAGCGGUCAGUAAACUCAAGAGUCUACCGGCACGUGUAGCAUCGUAUUGACGAUUCUCCCGAGCGGCAAAUUGUGCGACACCAAAAAGCCACCGGGCGAGACCAGAGAGCCCCGCACGCAAAAGAUAUAAGUAUAACAAAGGCGACCGAUGUGAAGUUAAAGAGAGAGAGAGAGAGAGAUAUGUCUCUCCUUUGUUAGAGGCGCUAUUUUUUCUUUUUUUAAUAAACGCAACGGGAUGACGAAGAAAGGGACGAAGAAGAAGAAGAAGAAGAAGAGAGCAGGAAGGAUAUUGAGGAGCUGAUGUAGGAAUCAACGAAGAAUAUAGGAGAUAGCAGGAAACGAAUGUAAGAGGAAGAAAUAGAAAAGAGAUUGAAGGGGGAAGGAGAGGCAAAAGGGUCUAAAGGACGAAAAAGAAUGAAAGAUAAUUGUGAAGGCUCAAAAUGUAAGGUUCGUUAAAUCGUUUUAAUCGUUAAUCAUCGUCACGCUUCGAAUCACGUAGGUUUAGGUAGCUUAGUUUUUUAUAUCGAACAAGUGCCCUAGCGUCUUAGUUUUAUUUGUAAUCGACCAAUCGCGCGCCGGUUCCGAGCUUGAGGUCGAGGGUCGACAAGAUUACGUCUUACGUCGCGCGAGGGAACCUCGAGCUUCCUCUGCGCGGUUCAACGAGGAAUGAUAUUACCGAGUUACGCGUCAUUGUCAUUAGUUAGGUUUUUCAAAUUACAAAAAAAAAAAAAAACAAAGUAAAUGCAUAAUAAAUUAAAAACGUGUGAUACUUUAGAGGGACAAUGGAGGAGAAUUGGGGCUGGUCGAGCGUUUCGAGAUUCACGAGGCAAAUCUGCGCGUUUACGUUGUCGACCCGAAAACGCCGAUAGUCUGUAAACUAAAUGACGUAACGUGACAUACAAACGUGUGUUAUUGUUUGCGUGCGCAAUUCCGCAGCCGAUUCCGGUUGAUCGCGCCGUUGCGGUUCCGCUCCUUCUUAUUCUUCCUCAUUCUCUCUCUCUCUCUCUCUCUUUUCCCUUAUACUUCUUCAUUUUACAUUUUCCCACAAAUUUUCCACUUUACACCCAGCUUCUCAGUUUUCCUUCCUGCUCGAACCCUGGGUCAUAUGGAUUUUUUUCUUUGUUUUGGAUUAAACGUCAUUUUCUGUGGGCUCUUCCGCGUGUCCUUCAGUUAGCAUUCGAAAUGAUCUCAAUCGAGGUUCAAGACUCGAGCACCGAGCUGAAGUGAUAUCGUUAUCUAACCGCUUUAACAAUUCACUGACAUCGACAGAGACAGAGACUUCGUCGUCCCUUCUGAGAACAAUAGAUUUAGGUUAACGUAUUCAAUUGUGAAGGCGAUAUAGAAAUUUAUAUGUACAUACAUACACACGUAUGUAUGUAUGUACAUAUGCAUAAUGAAUAUGAAUGUAUAUGUAUGUAUGUAUCUAUAUUUUUACUUACUUUUAAAGUACUAUUAAUAGACACGCGAAUAUACAAUAAAUAUACAAUAAAUACAUGCAUACACAGAAUGCGUAAUGCGGAUACACACGCGAAAAUACACUCACAUUACACAAGACAAAUAACACAUAUGUUACAUGAAAGAAAAGAAAUAUAUAUUAGAUCGUAUUAUUAUAUUGUUGGAGGUUGCGCGGACGCGUCUGCGCAUCUCCGACGUCACUACUAAUUGCAUAAUUAGCUAGACCCGUAGCUUUACUCUCUACGCUACCGAGAGAAAAGAAAAAAGGUGGACGAAAGAAAGGAGUAAUCGGAUGCGCCUGAGUUUUCACGAUCUUAAAGGAGGAGGGAAUAUCGGUCAAGAGAAAAGAGAAAAGAUAAAAGAUAAAAGAUAAAAGAGAAAAGAAAAGGGAAGGCGAAUGAUGAAUUAUCAUUAAUUCGAAAAGAAUCAGUCAAUUACGCGUUAUUAUUUUGAAAUUCCAUCGAGUCACUUGCACCACGUCGCACCACGUCGCACCACGUCGCACCACGUCCACGUGGAUUCAUGAACCUCCAAAGAAAGCCUGAUCGCUGGAUGCGCGCGCACGCAGAUUACAUGUCUCAGGAUGCACCAAAGUGCAGGCGAAGCCAAAAACUGGAGAAAUCUUGCCGAUAGUGCGCAGCAAUACGUGCUCGGAUAUCGGAUUUACGUGCGCGCGCGCGCGCGCACAUGGCCGAUACGUAAAGUACAAUCCUGAGCCUGUUCGUUAUGCUCUUUUGCAAAUUCGUAUGCUCAUCGGAAUUCGCAAGCGGACGGGAAUACGUCGGCGGAGUCUGCAAAUCAGUAUGAUUGAGAUUGAUUGAUUGAUUGAUUGUAAGUGCGAUUGUCGUAUAAAGUAUUUGGAUGGGCAAGAUAGAUAGAUAGAUAGAUAGAUAGAGAGAGAGAGAGAGAGAGAGAGAGAGAGAGAGGGAGAGGAUCAAGCACAGCGCGCGAGCGAGAGAGAAUAAGAAAAAAAGGAACGAACACGAGGAAAAGGAAAAGGAAAAGGAAUAGCAUUGCCUUAGAUUUUGUAGAAGUGAAAAUGGCGGGGAUGCCUCUUGUCCUUGCCUUCGCAUAACUUCCGUUUUCCCAAGAUGUCAUUUUACACUGUGAUCGGUUGCGAUUGCGUCUUGUCAUUUGAUUGAACGCAAAUGAAAAUAAUUGUCGGGUGAUCAGUCGAUGGGAUUGGACCGAAGUGACUACCGAUCUAACAAUCGUAGGUAGAUAGAGACACAGUAACAUACAGAUGGAAAAAUAGAUAUACACGAGGGACAACGAAAGUUCGAAGAGUUUCUCAUUAAAAUGGAGAAGCCUUGCAGCAACAAGUGACGAAUUAAAAUACCGAUAAUCAAACUACCUUAUUAUGUCGCAGCUGUCCUGUAAAUCUGUCUAUCUACUUAUCCGCCUACUUAUCUUAUCGGGCUGUAAUUAGCUCUAAACGAUUUAUCUGAUCAGUAUACAUCAGUCCGCCGUCUGAUGGACCUAUGUACCGCACGUUCAAACGUUCAAACGUUCGAGUUGAAUCUCACGUCGAUAUGCCUGAUGUCGUGUGCGCUCGCGUUUACGUCCGGAAUCAAAGUUUUAUCCUUUUAGUUGCAUAGAAUUUUGGAAAGAUGAGAGACGACGGAUGUGUUUGCACGAAGAGAAGGGGAGGAGCGUGUGCGCGGUGCGCAUGCCCAAAUGCCCAAAUGCCCAAGGAAGUGUGAUCGGCGGAAGGCGCGAGUGCACGUGGCGCACGUGUGAAGGAUAACUCAUUAGCGUCGAUUCGCAUCAACUUUUUCUUACCAAUACGUACUAUACUACAUACGCUAUACCUGUGGCGAUAUUGGAUAAUAUAACUGUAAUGGACGUCAAACUAUCCUUAGAAGUAAAAGGGAAAAGAAAGAAAGGAAAAGCAUAAAGCACCACGCGUUUGCUGCAAGGCGCGAACACGCGUAAUAUGAAACAAGAAUUGGACGAGGAGAUCUCUGGAGUAAAAGAGGGAGAGAGGGGACGAGUGAAAUGCCGAGAAAAAGAGGUUAUCAAUAUAUAUAUAUAAAAAUAUAUAUAUAUAUUAUUAAAAAAUGUAUGCUGUCCCACUGUGAUACAACUUUUGUUUUUGCAUGUAAAAUAUACUAUUGAUAUCAUAAGUACGAAUGUGAAAUAUAAACAUACGUAACACACGUACACAGAUACUGGAAUACACAUACACAGAAAAACACGUAAAUAUAUAGAAAAGCAAAAAUAUAUAUAUUAUAUAUAGUAGUGUGCAGAUACAAAUGGCCGCCGUCUCUGUCCGUUUGUACGCGCGCACGCAUGUAUUGUGAUCGAAAGUGCACAGAAGAUGCCUGUGCAUGCGGAUACAAGAUAAAAAAAAAAAAAAAUAGAAAUUCCUUUAAUGUCAGCUAGAAGAAAAAGAAUAUCGCUCGAGCUCCCGUGCAUUCUCUAUCUCCUCUAUCUCUCCGACGACGCCUCGAGAGUGCACCGGGGCAGGCGUCCGUCUUGUAAAUAAAAGAGCGGCCAAGGAGGAGGAACACCGUUUGACGUCGGACGGUCGUCCUUGCGUCGCAGCAGCUCAUUUUAUGAGACGCCUCGGGUCGACGCUUGGCGUCUGAACGAAUUGCCCGACGUCUCCGUCCCCGUCGAGCGAGUGUCCUCCUUCGUUGACUACUAUGUCAAAUCCGUCGAAUGUUCAGUGAAGAGAUUUAGAAGAAGAAGAAAACGGAACGAGAAGGAAAGAAAUCCGUAGGAUCUGUCGUCGCGACGCUUUCGGCGACAAGCACAAACGGCGAAAUCAAUUCGAAUCGAAGGCAAAAGUCGAAAAUGCGAGAGCGUGGCUGUGACGUGUCCGUAGCUGGUCGCGAAGAUCGACAUUUUCUAAAUACGGCCCGAUGGAAUCGCCCGCGCGACAACUUUGGGGGAUUCGUGCGUGAUCGAGCUACCAGUUUCGAUUUUAUGCAGUUUUAUAUCGUCAAAUUAGAUCUUUUUAUUGCUAUUUCGUAAGAGAUUCCUUCACGAGUCACCGAAAUAUGUUUCUCGCGAGACUUCAUACUUUCUUCGAAUACGCUGGCUUUUUUCGUUUUUCAUUAUUUGAAUUUCGCGCCGUCGAUCGGUCCUUUGAAUUCUCUUUGGUCGCUUCCGGUUUCCCUCGGCUGUUCGAGCGGUCAUAACGAACCGUCGGAGGAUAUCCUGGUGCACGAAAGUGAUUCUUACGGCUGAAUGAAGUAUUAGAAAUAAAGAAGGAUUGAAAAUUUGAAAUCAACUAAACGAGUCCCUUUGAGUGCGAGAAACGCUAAGGAGAUGGAUGUUUACUUAGUUGCGCAACGGUCAUCUUCAUAUUAUACCGUUUAUUUGGUAGUACCAUCCUGUAAAACCAUUUAUAUUUGCAUAUGAUUAAUAUGUUUUACUUAUAAA